GAAAGACUGAAACCCUCGUCCAGUCAGUCGUCCUUGGUUCCCGGCCCCCUCCUCUCUCACUCUUUCUCUAUAAGCCAGUAGCCAGGUACUACCGCCACUCUGCUAAUAAAACUGAACUCAUUUUCAUAGCUCACGUUCUGACGUUCACGAGCGGGAAGGGAAAGAGAGGAGAAUCCAAGCAAUGGCGUCUAGGGUUUUCAGAGGUUGCAGAGUUCUCAUGGCGGCGGCGAACAAGUCCUCUACUGGGGCUAAAGCAUCAGCUGCGAGCACUUCUUCCUCCCGUACUACUGCUUCUGCUAAAGCUCAGACGGGCAUUUUUAAGGUUGUGCCCGUAUCCCCUGCCUUGCGCAAGUUCAUCGGUGCCCCCGAAGUCUCCCGUGGCGAUGCUGUCAAGAAGGUCUGGGAAUAUAUCAAGGAAAACAACCUUCAGAACCCAGCAAAUAAGAAGGAAAUCCGCUGUGAUGAUAAACUGAAGUCCAUAUUUGAAGGGAAAGACACUGUUGGGUUCCUGGAGAUUGCAACUCUGCUUUCCCGUCAUUUUGUGAAGACUAACUGACUGACAUGGUGUUUUUGGAUGUUGCCAUCUCUUUUGAGCUUCUUUGAUUCUUCUUAGCUGCUUUGGUCCUGUGGAGUGUCAGAAAUCUGUGUAUGAAAAUAGACAUCUGGUUUGGUGCAUUUGGAACUUGUUGUUACUGCUCAGACCAUACAAAAUAGGUGAGAAAGACAGGCAAAAAGCAUUUUGCAAUUGUUCACUGUUUAGCUCAAAAUAGAUACCCAUUUGUGGAAUGUAUUUCGGAAUUACUUUCAGCAGGAUACCCAAAGAGUUCUCGUUCAGAAUC